AUGUCACUCGAAACUAUCGAAACCGCGCCCCUAAUCGAGGACUUCACUCCACUCUCUGAAUAUACCUCACAAACACCGGGCUCUUUCUUCGGCGGCCAGCCAGUCCUACACCUGCAUGCUCCAGAUUCGACCAUCAAGAUCCCCCAAGACCAAUUCGAAGCACAAUCAGAUUUUCAGCAAUUGUCCGGCGGCACCACUCCAUCUGCAAGCUCCAACGGCGACAUCCAUCUCUCCGGCGUCGAUGUCUGGGUGACUUCACGACAUGUCCUACUCUUCGCCCCGGCGCAUUCAUCUGGACUGCAGAUCUCUUACCCGACAAUCACCGUGACCGCACAGGAUGGGCAAGACGUGCUUCUUGAGCUGAAUCUCUCCGACAUCGAUACUGCAGACGAGGAUAUUCAAUUCGUGCAGAUUCGAAUCACAGCAGGCACUGUUCAGCACCAUGCAGCAGCAGCGACUCAAGCAGAAGGCGGCGCAUCGAACGGAACUGCCGACCAGAAUAAUUCUUCCGAUGCGCUAUUUAGAGCCAUCUCGGACUGUCAGGAGUUGAAUCCUGACCCGCCUCAGCAUGGAGAAGAGGGUGAGGAUGGUGGAUUUGAUGAGACGGCUCCCGGCGCGACGGGUUGGAUUACGAGUGAGAAUAUGGGGGAUUUCAUGGAUGAGAAUGGGAACUUCAGAAUGCCUGAGGGCAUGACGGUGAUUGGCGGUGAAGACGAUGAUCAAGGAGCAGAACCGCUCGGAGAAGGUGCAGGCCGGACUAGGACUGCGGCCGAGCUGGAUACUGCGGACGGUGCUGGAGAGGAAGAUGAGAAGAAAUGGCAGCGGACUGGAUGA